AUGUCUCCGGAUGGAAUUUCGGGGAGCAUCACCUCCCAUCGUUCCUGCCGACCCGCGACUCCACCGGGCCUAGCUACAAGUCACGUGCGUCUCACAUGCAACGAGAAAGUGGAAAUUCCGCCAGCAACAACCUUCCUCCCCACCACCGUCGACGUUGCAAUGGAGAAGUUCUCGCAGUUUCGGGAUCGCGGGUCGGGCAUCGCGCCUUUCCUCCCCACUCCGAGCGAGUCGCUGGGCAUCAAAGCGCCUUUGCGCCUCUUCCUCUUCUUCUUCCGACUUCCGCUAUUCCUCUUCAUUACGGUGUCAUAUUUCCUUGUGCUGCAAUGGCUACCAAUCGGAUCUCUGGGUAAAAAGGCCGCACUGUGGUGCAUUUUGGGUGUGCCGAGCAUCUGGUGGAUUGACCUCCAGAUUGAUGGAGUACGGAAAGGAUCGCUGUCCAAGCAGCAAAAAGCACGAUUGCCGCAACCCGGCUCGGUGAUCGCAUCUUCCUUCACCUCCCCUAUCGACGCGGUAUACUUGGCCGCUAUCUUCGAUCCGAUCUUCACGGCCUCUUAUCCCGAAACCCGUCAAGUGGAGCAAAUUUCUCUUCUUCAGGCCAUCUUGCGCGCGUUUGCGUAUCCCAGCCUUGAGCCCAGCCACAGCACCAAGUUGGUUGACGUGUCCGCGUUGGUGCAGAAAUACCCCAACCGACCCAUCGUCAUCUUCCCCGAAUGUACCACCACCAACAGCAAGGGAAUUCUGCCGCUCAGCCGGUCGUUGCUGGGCGUCUCUUCCAAGACCAAAAUCUUCCCCAUUAGUCUCAAAUACACGCCCGUCGACGUUGUGACUCCUCUGCCGGGCACGUAUCUCAGUUUCCUGUGGACACUGCUGAGUCGGCCCACGCAUUGCAUCCGAGUGCGCAUCGCAGAGUGUAUCACCGUGGGACGAACCUCGUUCGAUGCGCCUCCUGCGCGAUCCACUCGCAAGUCCACCUACAACACCAAUUACCUCGACACCUUGGACGAGGACACCGCGACGGGAGACGUGACUGCGAGUGAGCAGGCGUUGUUGGAUCAAGUCGGGGAAUCGUUGGCGCGUCUGGGCCGAGUCAAGCGGGUCGGACUGGGGGUUCAGGAGAAGCAGGACUUUGUGCGAAUGUGGACCAAGACACGACGGACUUGGUGA